AUGCAGAUUUGCUUGACGGACAUUAGCUACGUCAAGCUCGACAAUAUUGAUUCCGGCCUGGGCCAAGAGCAAGGGAACAAAAGUUUGCUGUCACUUAUACUAUUCAUUCAAACACAUUCCAUGAUAAUUCCCUCCUAUGCGAUGAAGCAAAUACAGGAGUUUGACUACGACUUGGUAAAACUGCAGACGGCGUCUACGGAGAUCCGGCUGUUGGAGCUCUAUCCGUCCCAAGCCCAUAAUUUGAAAGAUAAACCCAAUGAGGCCGCUAACCCGAUCUGGGGCGACCGUCUUGUCUGCCGUCUGUAUACAACCACUAUCGAGAAGCCGUCGAACCUUUUCAUGGCUUUGUCGUAUGUUUGGGGCGACGGCAAUAAAUCGCGAGCAAUUUGGGCCGUCAGCUCACCUGGAGACGAAUCCAGGCAUUGGACAGAAACUAGCAUACCUAUUACAGAGUCGCUAGAAAUGGCGCUGCGACACCUGCGCAGGCGGCACGAGACCAUUACGCUAUGGAUUGAUCAAAUAUGUAUCAACCAAGCAGACAACAGCGAGAAGAGCAAACAGGUCGGGAUGAUGGGGAGGAUCUACUCGGAGGCAAAGCAAGUGCUAGUAUGGCUAGGCCCAGCAGCAGACGGCUCUGAUAAAUUGAUGGACGCGUGGCAACAUAUUGGUCAACAGGCUCGUGACCUGGGGCUCGAGAGCUUCCUAACGCGGGAGCGAUACCACUUGCUAUCACCCAUCAUAACAAAUCAAAACCCGGCCGAUGAAGCAACGAUGCAUUUUCAAGCCUUGCUUGCUCGCACUGCUGACGUCUUUGCUCCGUUAAUAAAACAUAUGGCGCUCAAAAGCUGGUUUGAGAGACCAUAUUUCUUACGCGCCUGGAUCGUACAGGAAUUCUCCUUAUGCACUGAAGCUUUGUUCGUGUGCGGGACCAAGGUGAUUCCCGUCGAGCUCACCCAGCUGGCAUUAUUGAUGCUGCAGUUCGCUAUCAGCAAUAUGUUCCGGAGCGACUAUAGGAUGCUCCAAAGGCCUGAGAUGCCUCCGGAGCGCCUGGAGGAGGUAUCCGAGGAGCCAAUAUCGCGAUUAUUUAGUUGUCGUUCACUUGAACAAAAACACAGAGGCGACCAACUACAUAUGUUACUACGGAAGCUUUUUGUAGGCCAUGACACACGUGCUACCGUGCACCGUGACCGGGUGUUUGCGCUUCUCGGUCUCGCAGUCGACGCCGACAGGCUAGGCAUCCAGCCCAAUUACGACUCCUCCGAGGGAAGCACUGAGCGUAUCCUGACGCAAACUGCACGUGCGCUAAUUGAAAGAAGUGGUCGUGUCGACACUCUCUGCUAUUCCCAGCUCCCAAAGGUCCCUGAUCUAGCUAGCUUGCCAUCUUGGGUGCCUGACUGGCGAUCAAAUCUGCGACCAUCAUUCUAUACGCUUAACGAGCGCGCCGACAAGCACCUAUUUGCCGCAGCAGGCAAGGAUAGCGUGGUAAAGUUUAUACCAGCCCCUAAAGGCAAUCCAAAUGUCCUGGGACUGCGAGGCUAUAUGGUCGAUUUAAUUGAGAAAGUGGCUGAAGGGGGUUCUUGGACGGACCUGAGCUGGGACCAUGUCAGAUAUCUGGGCUUCUUCUCUCAGGUGGACGAGUUGUGGCAGCGUUCUAUGGGAAAAGCCUAUCCAAUCCACGGUGAACUAACAUAUCGUCGCAAAGAGGAGGCGAGAUGGCGCGUGCCCAUUGGCGACGUCUACUGGACAGUGGAGGGGGAUUCACAACGGGCAACACCUGAUGUGGUUACCUACCAUGACCAAUGCCUGAAGAACCUGCAGCACUUCGACGAAAUGAGCCGGCGGACUUCUGUGGGGGCAGAUGGAUGGGCAGAAUGGGAGGAGCAGCGCCAAAGAGGGCAGAUAGGACAGUACUACCGCGACAGUAUGAAGGUCAUGCAAGGAAAGCGGCCUUUCCUGACACAAAUGGGGUAUCUUGGCAUGGGCCCUGCAGAGGGCCAGCCAGCCGAUGUAGUUGUUAUCUUCUGCGGUGGGAGGAUCCCCUUUGUGUUACACCCUUUAGACCAGCUAGGUGGGUCCCAGAGAGGCGAGAAUAGCCUGUUUUCAUUUGUUGGCGAGGCGUACUGCGAUGGCGUUAUGGAUGGGGAGGUCACUACAAGGGAGGAGAAGACUUUCUUCCUCGCUUGA